CGAGUGCACCCACUCGGUGCCCUUUUUUUUUUUUUUUUUUUAAAUUUAGCUGCCGACUUCUGAAGGGCUCGGUCGCCCUGCUCUGACCGUCUGUCUCCUCGCGAUCUUCCGCUUUCACUACAGUCAGUCAGAGCAGCGCGAGACUCUCUGUUGAAGCGCGCGACUUUGUUGUUAUUAAUUAAUGAGAAGUGUCGGUUUGCUCUCCCUUAUGGACGUGACCUUAUGGACCUUGCAAACUCCUGCGUGUUUUGCUGUCCUCCUGUGUCUGUGCGGAGCAUCUUCAGGCAGGAGUGGGCAGCUGAGUGAGACCAUUCCACCUGGUGUAAAACUACCUGACCAAAGAGGCGAUGUUUCGCAGUAAGUUCUGGAAGCCGUGGCUGCUCUUCUCUAUGGUGUUCGGCUGCUUCUCGGCCCAGGACCUGAAGCCUACCAGAUGGCCUCUGCUCUCUCAGAAGCCCAUCUUGCUGGCCUGGAACGCCCCCACGGAGGACUGCUUGCCUCGCCACCAAGUUCGCUUUAAACUAGACCAGUUUGAGAUUGUGGCAUCACCUAAUGAGGGCUUUGUGAAGCAGAACCUCACCAUCUUCUAUAAAGACAGGCUUGGACUGUAUCCCUACUUUACAAAGGAAGGUAUGGCUAAGAACGGUGGGCUGCCCCAGAUGGCCAGCCUGACCGAGCACCUUGCGAAGUUGCCGGACGGCUUGCGUAAGUAUAUCCGUGAGCCCGGAGCCAAGGGCCUGGCUGUCAUCGAUUGGGAGGAGUGGCGUCCUUUGUGGAUUCGCAACUGGGAAGCAAAAGAUGUGUACCGGAACAUGUCACGACUGCUGAUUCAAAGGAAGAACCCAAAUUGGCCGGCAGAUAAAGUGAAUAAGCAAGCCCAACUGGAGUUUGAGAUGUCAGCCAAGAAUUUUAUGCUGGAGACCCUCAGAUUAGCAAAAAACCUCCGCUCAGAGCAGCUAUGGGGCUUCUACCUCUUUCCCGACUGCUACAACCACGACUAUAGGAACAGCCUGGAGAACUACACGGGGCGCUGCCCAGAUGUGGAGAUGACUCGAAAUGACCACCUGGCGUGGCUAUGGACGGAGAGCACGGCCCUGUUCCCCUCCAUCUACAUGAGCACUGUGCUGCGCUCCACCGGUUUCGGCCGCCAGUUUGUCCGCAACCGGGUGAAGGAGGGCAUGAGGCUGGCGUCGGUAGGAGAUGGGCUGGCACGCCCCGUCUUCGUCUACACACGACCCACUUACACCAAUGUGCUGGAUCUGCUGACGGAGAUGGACCUAGUCUCCACCAUUGGGGAGAGCGUAGCUCUUGGAGCUGCAGGCAUUAUCUUCUGGGGGGAGGCAACCUACGCCGGCACAAAGGACAGCUGCUCCAAGCUGAAUGCGUACCUGCAGGGUCCGCUGGGCAAGUACCUGCUGAACGUGACGACAGCGGCCGAGCACUGCAGCAGGACCCGCUGCAAUUCAAGAGGCCGUUGCCAGCGCCAGCGCCCCGACACGGACGUUUACCUGCACCUGAGCGCAAGCAGCCACGCCGUCGUGAGCGGGGGUGACGCCCUGAGGGUGGAGGGUCAGCCGAGCCCCGAAGAGCUGGAGUUUUACCGCACGGAGUUCCGCUGCCAGUGCUACAGCGGCUACAUGGAGGAUUCAUGCUCCCUGAAAGACCCUGCACAGCAGCGUGGGGCAUCCCCCAGCCUCUCUGCUUGUGUGCUCUGCCUGCUGUUGCCCCUGCUCCUACUUUUGCCCCUGCACUGAACCUUGAGCCCUUCUUACCUCGCCAAGGGAAAGGAGGCUCCCAGCAGUGGCACCCUACGGAUGCUCUGUGGACUUUGCAGGUGUUCCCAAGGACGGCGGUCAACCGAGACCUUGUCCAGUGAGUCAGUUUAAUGGCUUACUUCAUAACCAAACAGCAGAACUGGCCAGCACUAAGGUUAAGGAGACAAAUGAGGAGUUGUUUUAUGGCAAAACAAACUUUUAUGGGUUUUUUCUGCUUUGGACGGCUGGCAGGGUAAUCAGACGUGCUGUUUGUAGAGUGCUCCCUUUCUCUCUCGUAUGGAAUUGGACUUGGUAGGUAGUAUUUGGCCCUAAAAGGGAGGAGGGCUUUCAUCCAGCCGAAGGCUAACGCCACCCACGUAUCCUACACCCUGUCGGCUGGGACAGAAGCUCCCGUCGUUAGCCAUAUUUAAAAAUACAAAUGGAAGUGACGAACCAGACUUGAACGGGAACUGAAAUGCCGCAAAUUAUUUCUGCAGCAGUGGUUUGAAUUGACCCAAACUAUCGACUUUUCACACCUUCUGACUUCAGUUUGUUUUCUGAGGGACGUUGACAUUUUAAAACCGAAUCAAAUGGCCUUUUUUUUUUUUUUUUUGUUUUGUUUUUUCUUUUUAUUGCUAUUGAGUGCUUUACAGAAGCACUGCACAUUUUUCUGUUGUGGGGGAGGUCAGCUUGUUUGUGACCCUUCCCUCCUUUUGGCAGACAAGCCUUGCUGGGGUUCCCAAGGCCAGGGGACCAUUAGCUUCUCCUAAUGUGCCACCAUCUGGUCCAUUACCAUUUCUGUUAUUCCCCCAGGGCUCCUGACAAACCCUCAGGUCUAUUUGCGUAUCUGUGGGCCUUUUUUUAUUUUUUUAUUUUUUUUUUUUUUUCUCCCCCCGCUUCCACACAGCCAUUACCAGAAUGCCUGCUGCACAGCUGUAGGUUUUGUGGGGGUCAGAAUGAGAAAAGUGAACCAGCGCAGCAUAACAGGGGUGGGGCACUGCUUUCGCUCACCUCUUUCUUUUGUCGUCUUUUUUUAGGGGAUUUAUUUGCCGAAGAUGAGUUUGUUUGUAAAUCUUCAGUAUUUUAAGUGCUUUUGAGUUUACCUUUUAUUUUGAUAUUACUCUGGAAGAAACUGGAAUGUUGUGAUGAAUUUCAGCUUGUAUUGGCUAUGUCGGUUCAGUUUGGUUGUGGUUUGUAACUGUGCAAUGCAACUGUGUGUGUUUGUGUGUGUAUGAAUAUAUAAGUUUUCCUUUUCAAAGCCAUAGUAUUCUUGUCCUCGGUGAAGGGUAGUUUCCUCACUGUCUUUGGCACUAGGACAACACUACAGUAUCCAGAGCCCAGGACAGUGUACGUGAAUGGCCUCUAGGCUCUCCAACAUAAACUCGUGAGUAUUGCGACACGGGGCCAAAAACAGCAAGGGCCCUUGGUCCUGUCUUUUUGAUUAUUUUCAAUUGCUGGUCGUAGUGUUUCCACUCUACUUCAUAACAUUUGCACAAUGGAAUUAAUGAAAAUGUUCAAGAAACAAAAAAAACUGAUCAUAUUUCCUUUUUGCUUCAAAGGCACGAGUUUUUUACAACAAAUUUUGUUUGCUUUUCAUAUCAUCUGGAUCAUUUGAAUGCCCGCAGAUUUUGCUUUAAGUACUGGAUUUUUAUUAAUUGAUAAGUUCAAUACUGAAAUGCUGAAAAGUUUCCUGCCUUACCAGUAAUUUGCAUUUUAUAGAAAAUGCAUUAAAGCUUAAUGUAGUGAUUCACUUUAAAUAGACCUUUGUAUUUAAUAACUUGACAUUCUUGAAGUUUGGUUGCUUUAUGGUUUUAAUUACAAGAUAUGAUUGUGAUUCUACAUUUUAAGUAUUUUACAAUGCAUUUUAUUCAGCCAAGGACAACAUCACUCUGAACUGUAAAAACUGUCCCGAAAUGUAUAAUGUGCAAAUGCUCUUCUUUAUAAGACACAUGCACUUCUUACCAAAUGGCAACAGUUUGUUUUUUAAAUUAUCUUGACUAUGGUAACCUGCUCCCUGAUGUUUAUGCAGAAACGCACAAUAAACAGUAAGAAAAGCA